CUAAAUUACAAGACAAUGACAAUAUUUCUGUUUCUUUAAAAGCAAAGGGUUUCUUCAUUGGCUCCGCCCAUAGAACUUCCUGACUGAAGGGCAUUAGGGAAUGCAGGCAGUUUUGCUUCAUAGUUAAGCAGGGCCACCAGGUCAAACAGGUUCCUUGGAGAGACUCUGAGUUCUCAUCAAGUCCUGCAGAAGAAGAUCUGUGCACCCAGAUCUUCAGAGUCAGCUUACCUCGCCAUGGCUGGCCGUGAAGACUCUGAACUGAGAAUCAUUCUGGUAGGGAAAACUGGAAAUGGAAAGAGCGCUACAGCCAACACCAUCCUAGGAAGAUGUGUGUUUGAGUCUAAGAUUUCUGCCCACGCUGUUACCAAGACCUGCAAGAGAGCAUCCAGGAAGUGGAAUGGGAAAGACCUUCUUGUAGUCGACACUCCUGGGCUUUUUGACACCAAUGAGACCAUGAAAGCCACGUGUUCAGAAAUCAGCCGCUGCGUCCUCUACUCCUGCCCUGGGCCUCAUGCCUUUAUCCUGGUUUUGAGACUGGACCGUUUCACGGAAGAGGAGCAGAAAACUGUUGCUCUCAUCAAGGGUCUUUUUGGGGAGGCAGCCAUGAAGUACAUGAUCAUCUUGUUCCCUCGCAAAGAAGAACUUGAGGGCCAGAGUCUUGAUGAUUUUCUAGGUGAAGCAGGUGAAAGGCUAAAUGAUAUCGUGUCGCAGUGUGGGGGGCGCUACCUGGCCUUUAAUAACAAAGCAGGUCAGGCUGAGCAAGAAAACCAAGUGCAACAGCUGAUAGAAAUGAUAGAGAAAAUGGUGGCCAGAAAUGGGGGCUCCUACUUUUCUGACAAGAUAUACGAGGAUAUAGAUAACAGGCUGAAACAAUGUCUAGAGGAUCUGAAGGAGACUUAUACUCAAGAAUUCACUAGUGAAAUCCAAAGAAUAGAAAAGAAAUAUGCUAAUAAAUCAGAAAAAGAAAAGGAGGCAAAACUUUGUUCUGCAAGGAGAAAUUUUGAUGAAAAAAUGGAAAAUGUGAAGAAAGAGGCUGAAGAAAAUAUAUUUAUGUAUAUUUACCGAAAGAUAAGGGAAAUUCUUUUAAAAUUUUGGGAAUUGUGAUGUAAAUUUUAUUCUAUUUUAUUAAUGACAUUUGUUUUUGACAGUUUCAUACAAGGACACAUAUAAUGUGUUCUGAAUAUAUUUGUGGCUUUUUCCCCCUUUGGUAUUGUUUUUGCUUUGUGAUCCAUAGAAUUAACUAUGUCUGUGUGCAUGACAAUAGGUUUAGAACCAUCUCUCAGAGUGUGGUGGGGUCACCAGAGGAAUAUAGAGAAGACAACGACUCUCCAUUUCCCAGAAUCCAUAUGUAGUUACUAGCUCAGCAGGGUGAAAUAGUUUCCCAUGAGCUCCUUCUUCAUCUGUCUAUCCGUGACUAGCUGCUGACAGACCCACAGCUGCUCUGAGCUCCCAAUUGCAAUGACUGUUUCCUGAACCUUCCAGGUAGUGGUGUGAGUUUCCUGUUUAGGGUUGAGCAUCCAGUCCUGGGUGUCUGCAUCCACCCCUAUUCUUUGCAAAGAGAAGCUUCUUUGAUAAAAGAUAAGAAUAACAUUUGUCUAUGGGUGUCAAUAUUUAGACAGCAGCUUGGUGCCAUGUCAAUUUUAGCUAAACAGUAAGUAGUAAGUCUCUACUAUGGCCCAUGGUGUCCCCAGCCCUGGGUGUUUGACAGGGUUUAUAGCACCACACAUGAGCUUCCUCCUGUGAAUAGACCUUCAAUUCAAUCAGAAAACAUUUGGCUCUCCCCAUAGCAGCCACACCAGCACUGCACAAGCUGGCCCAGCUUGCCUGCUGUGUUGGCGCUGUAGUUUAUAGGGUUUGGUUAAGACUAUUGAUGUCUUUUCUUCCCCAGCAGCCUACAUAGCAACUUCCAGCAACAGGAAGAGCUAGCUAUGGGAGGAGGCUUCCAGCCAGGUGCCUGCCUGAGUUCUUCAUGUGUGCAAACAGUAUGUAGAGUCGUUAGCAAUAGGCUUUAUCAUCAAGUUAUGGUGGGUUCUUUAUAAUUUGCCUUGAUUUGUUAAUGUAGUAUAUUGUAUUUUCUGAAGAUGGUUAUGAUAAUAUCUUACAUUUGCCAACUGAUUGAAGCAUAAUUGAUAAAUAAAAUUGCUUGCUUUUCAUGUG